CCGCGCUGAAGCCCCUCCCCUCCCGCCGUCAACAACUGGAUUCCAGCUAUCUGUGUUUUCGACAGCUAGCAUCGCUAGCCCGCUAAACGAUGCGUGUGGUCGUAACUAAGUAGCAUAAACUCGAUGGACUCGUACUCCUCUCUUUUCGUCUGAGUCGCCCGUGCAAGCUGCUGGACGGGCGGCCGCAGAGAGAGCCGCGAGCCGCUGGCGGGCCGUCCUUCUUCUAGCCUUCUCCGAAACGAGAUUAGCGGCUAUCGCUAGCUGGCUCGCUGACAGCUGCCUCGGGUUAGCUGCGUGCCUUUUUAACAGCGACGUGGCGAAGGUUUAUUCGAUAAAAACAAUGAGUCCUCUCUGACACCGAGAGUCCCGAGGCCCUGUUGGUUGUCACUUGGGAGUUAUCCGGACCCAUUUCUCGCAAGGUGGGUCUCGGCUGACUGCGUCGAAGAGACGCCUGUUCGCGCACGCUGGUUUGGUUCUGCCAGAGCUGCCAGUAUGAUGCCGAUGAUACUGACGGUGUACCUCAGUGACGGGGAGCAGGCCGUGGCCGAGGUCCCCAUCACGCCCGAGACGACGUGCCGCGACGUGGUGGAGUUCUGCAAAGAGCCCGGCGAGAGCGGCUGCCACCUGGCCGAGGUCUGGAGAGGCAACGAACGAGCCAUCCCGUUCGAGCACAUGAUGUACGAGCAUCUGCAGAAGUGGGGGCCUCGAAAACAAGAAGUCAAGUUCUUCCUGCGCCAUGAAGACUCGCCCACUGAGAGCAGCGAUCAAGGGAGUCAGCAGUCUCAGGAUCAAAGCGGUCGCCGAAGUGGCAACGCUGGAGAGAAGCACAACGAGAACGGGGUGGGGAAUCAGCGUGUGGAGCUGACGCUGUCAGAGCUGCAGGAGAUGGCCACAAGACAGCAGCAACAAAUCGAGGCUCAGCAGCAAAUGCUCGUUGCAAAGGAGCAACGUUUGCGUUACCUAAAGCAGCAGGAGAGGCGUCAGCAGCAAACCGUGUCUGAGAGCGAAAAGCUGCAGCGGCUCAAGGAGCGCGUGGAGAGCCAGGAGGCGAAGCUGAAGAAGAUCCGGGCCAUGAGGGGCCAGGUGGACUACAGCAAGGUCAUCAAUGGCAACCUGUCGGCAGAGAUCGAACAAGUCACCAGUCUGUUUCAAGAGAAGCAGGCCGAGUUGCAGGCGGCGGUGCUGAGGGUGGAGCAGCUCAGCGUGCAGCUGGAGGACCUGCGAAGAGGAAAGCUCAACGGCAUCCAGACCGGCCUGGGCGGCCAGGUCACCGGCGCGGCCGCCUUAGAGCUGAGAAAGCUUUACCAGGAGCUCCAGAUUCGCAACAAGCUGAACCAGGAGCAGAACAGCAAGCUGCAGCAGCAGAAGGAGCUUCUGAACAAGCGCAACAUGGAAGUGACGCUGAUGGACAAGCGCAUCAGCGAGCUGCGGGAUCGCCUCUACAAGAAAAAAGCUGAGGCACGUCAAAAAGAGAAUCUUCCUCUGAAUCGAGCCAACGGGCCCCCGUCGCCCCAGCCGGCCCCUGGUACUCUGGGUCGCGUCGCUGCCGUCGGGCCCUACAUCCAGGUUCCCGUACCAAGCCGACAGGACGGGGGCUACGCCUUGCCGCCCGAUCCGCUGAAGCCUCAAACGCUGGGCGUGAAUAACCAAUCAAACCAGGGUCGUCCCAAAUCAGACGGUGUGCGAAAGCCUCCCGGUCCUUGGAAAGUGUCUGAUUUAGACAUCGUUGUGGACCCGGUGCCGCCGUCCUUUCCAGAGUCACGCCCGGGCCCCGGAGCCUCCAGUGGCUCUGACGGCACGUCCCCUAAUGACCCUGGUUGGCCUACUAUAGGCAAGACCAGCACAACGCUGAAGCCUCCUGAGAGACGAGACUCAGGGACCGACAGUCAGGGCAAGAGCCCCACCUCAGGCUCCCCCGUCACCCCAAAUGCAGAAAAGGUGCUAGAUCCAAAGCUUGCCGUGUCGUCCCCUGCCAUAUCAAAGCCCCAGCCACCACCAUACGGGUCCCACCUCAGCGCCGCCAACGCAGCCAGCUCCCUGGAGCGCCGCAAAGACGCACCUCCCCCGCGGCCCCUUCCCAACCCGCCGCCGCCCGUGUGGCCCCGGGCGUCUCCCUCCACCGGCUCCUCCUCUCAGCAGAUCCAGCAGCGGAUCUCCGUGCCGCCGAGCCCCACCUUCCAGCCCAACGUGCCGCUCUUCCCCCCCGCGCUGAGCGAGCGUCUGGAUCCCCCGCCCGCCGUGGCGGUGCGCCCCUUCAUGCCGGACAGAGGCACGCGGCCCCAGUCGCCCCGCAAAGGGCCGCCCACCGUCAACUCCAGCUCCAUUUAUCACAUGUACCUCCAGCAGGCGGCGCCAAAGAGCCAGCCGCUGAAACCUGCCGUUAAAGCAGUAUACGGGAAGCCUGUUCUCCCCUCCAGCUCCACGCCAGCGUCCCCGCUGCCUUACGUGCCGGCAGGCGGGGCCUUCCCGGCGCUCCACGGCCUGCCCGGCAGCGACGACUCUGUGGACGGAGAGCUGGAGGACCAGGAGAGCUUCCAGCGCCUGGAGCCGUCGGCGCCUCCUCCCAGCGUGGAGAACAUUCCACGGCCGCUCAGCCCCACCAAGCUCACGCCCAUGGUUCACUCCCCGCUCCGCUACCAGAGCGACGCCGACCUGGAAGUGCUGCGUAAAAAGCUGGCCAACGCGCCGAGGCCCCUGAAGAAGCGCAGUUCCAUCACAGAACCCGAGGGCCCCAGCGGGCCCAACAUCCAGAAACUGCUCUACCAGAGAUUCAACACUUUGGCCGUAGGCAUAGAGGGGAGCGGCGGCGGCGGCGCCGGUGGGGGUAAUGGCGCCGGUAGCGGAACCCCGUUUUACCAGCCGGCGGUUCCUCCUGGAUACCUGGGGGGAGACCCUCUGGCUGACACCAACAACGGAAACCUCCUCUCUGAGACGCAGCUGCCGCCGCCGCCGUGCGGCGUGGAGCCGGGAUCUGAAGCCCCCUCCACCACCGACGCUAACGACAACGAACCCGUUCCCCCGCCGCCAGAAGGAGCCACAGGUCCAGACGAAGAGGAGGAACCAGAGGGAGACGAUAACAACAACGUCGGCGGCUCUGAGGUGUCUCUCCCCAGCCCGGUGCCAGAGGUCAGCACGCCGGAGGAGACGGGGACGGCAGUCUCACAGCAGCUGGAGAAGCGCACAAACCUGAAAAAGCCCGACUCGGAGCGCACCGGCCACGGCUUCAGAGUCAAGUUUAAUCCGUUAGCUCUGCUGCUCGAUGCGUCCUUGGAGGGAGAGUUUGAUCUGGUUCAGAGGAUCAUCUACGAGGUUGAGAACCCCAGCACUCCCAACGACGAGGGCAUCACCCCUCUGCACAACGCAGUGUGCGCCGGACACCACCACAUCGUCAAGUUCCUGCUAGAUUUCGGCGUGAACGUCAACGCGGCGGACAGCGACGGAUGGACCCCUCUCCACUGCGCCGCCUCCUGCAACAGCGUCCAUCUCUGCAAACUCUUGGUGGAGUCGGGAGCCGCCAUCUUCGCGAGCACGAUCAGCGACGUGGAGACGGCGGCAGACAAAUGUGAGGAGAUGGAGGAGGGCUACAUCCAGUGUUCCCAGUUUUUAUACGGUGUUCAGGAGAAGCUGGGUGUGAUGAACAAGGGCACGGUGUACGCGCUGUGGGACUACGACGCCCAGAGUCCGGACGAGCUGUCGUUCAAGGAGGGAGACGCCAUCACAAUCCUGCGACGACAGGACGAAAAUGAAACGGAGUGGUGGUGGUCCCGGCUGGAGGACAAGGAGGGCUACGUGCCCCGCAACCUGCUGGGACUCUGUCCCAGGAUCAAGCCUCGCCAGCGCUCCCUGGCGUGACGUCCCACGCCCGGACCAGAGACACGGCAGAGGAGCCUGGAGCUCCUCACCUCCUCCCUGUGGCCAUAACCUUCCCCGGCCUUGUGCUUUCACUAAACCUUCCCCUCCUGAGCAGAGGGCACUGAACUUUGACACACCACUACACGUCUGCACACACCAAGACAAGCACUCCAAAGCCUCCUGACUGUCUCCAUCCUGGUUGCCUCCCCCCCGCCCCUCUUUUCUCAAACGAUUUAAAGAUCCAAGCACUAUCCCCAUGUCCGUACUUCUUGCAGUGUUCACACUUCAGCCGUCUCCUCGAUGAAGUCUUACUGGUGGCACUGGUUUACAGGACCCUGUAUGAUAACUGGAGGUUUAUCUUUAGGUCUGGUUUGAGUCGAAAGGACGUUCUUUUCCUCGUUUCGGUCCGCACGAAUAAACUCCCAUUUCAGAAAAAACUGUAACCACCAAAGAUGAAAUGAAGUCAUGAGUUUUAGUUUGUUUUCUCUGUAGGAGCUUGGAAGAAAUGCUGAAGAGAGAGAUGCUCGGUGUCGUCGCUGCAGUCAGUGAUUAUUUAUGACUCCCAGCAGUUAAAGCUGCUCUGAACAUUGUCGUGGAGCUGAAAUUGAAAUUCCAUGGGAAAAGUUCAUCCUCUGUGUCACACAAGCUGGUUAAAAGGUUAAUAUGCAUUAUGCACUUGAUUUUCAUACACAUAACAGUUUUUUUUCCUGUUAAUUAAAUUAACGUGCAAAGUCUGGAUGCAGAAUUACUGUUGGUCUGUGGCAAGAACACUAAAGUUACAAGCGAGCCUUUAAACAAUAUUAUUUUGUGUAUUAUAUUAUUUCAGCUUAAACAGAUGUUAAAUUUGUUCAAUAUGUAUGCAAAUAUUCUCUGAAAUUAGCACAUCCCAAAGAAGAUGUUCCGAAGAGUGGCCAACAAUCAGUAUUUUGCGAAGAAAUGGUUGCGUAAGGCAACCGUAGAGAGGGCCGGUGUAAAUGCGUACGACACAAUUGACGGCUGCGUUUGCAGAGAUGAAGACGGGGCUUGCUGUUUUUAAAUGGUGCUGAAGUCCUAAGUUGCAUCAGCUGUGUGCAGUCCCCUCCACAAUCCCUGGUGCAGAUGUGUACAAAAGCCUUAAAUAGAUUAUUGUAGAGACUCUGUGACCCACCACCCAAAGGUUCAACUCUGUGCUGUAGCUAGUGGUGCUCCUUUAGCCAUUUUCUCCAUUAUAGAGACGAAACACUGAUCUGUCCUUGCUUCUCUUGUCUUUCCCAUUUUGAGGAGUGGCUGAGAGAACUUGGCCCGUGUCUAAAGUCAGAAGAACAGGAUUCCUUGACACUCAGAUAAAUGCAGAAAUUAAAAAAUAAAAAAACUUCUCUAGUUACAUUCAUUUCAGAGGAGUGUUUGUAAAUGUCAAUUUUAUUUCUGUAACCCGUUCAAAAACGGGGCCGUGUGGGUUUGUUUAAAAACAUACAGGGGCACUACAGCAAUCGGUACAAUAAGUAAAAAAAAAAAAAUCUUUUGAUGAAAUUGAAUAAAAAUAGAAAAGAAAAGAAAAACACCACAUCACACAAAACCUGGUUAAAUUAAAAGUAACGGGAAAAAGGAAAGUUUGAAGGCAGAUUUGACACAUUUAACACUCAUUAGGAUGAGUGUGAGGAAGCAGGUUGGGGGUCCAGUAGGUGAGGGACUGAGAAUUUCAAUUUAACAUUUAUCUCUUGAUGUAGAAUUUUCUCCCCCACUGAACAAAUGCAAUCAAUUUAAAGAUGGGUUUUUAAAAAAUCAUGAGAUUAUACUUGUUGAAUUAAAGAUGAAUUCAACAUUGAGGCUUUUUACGGAUCUUGACCAGGGGUGUCGGUGACCAAGGGGACAUCUUACCAUUAUUUAAGGUAGUAAAAGAGUUUAAAAGUUUUUUUGUUUUUUUUUAAAGGUAAAACCUGUAAGGUAACUAACAAAAGUUAAAUAUACAAAAAGAUUAUAUUGUAAAAGGACCGAUCUCUGUUCCAUCACUGUUUGCUAGAUAUGUGAUUGCAUUCUGAGGCGUUUUCUUCAAGGUUAAACCACUUGUUGCUUUCAGACUCAUCACUUCAAGACUAGCUUUAAAGAAAAAGUACAUUUUAAGGUAUCAUAGGUAGUAUUUGGCCUCUGACAUUGUUUUUUUUUUUUUUUCCUGGUCUGAAAUGAAUGCAAAAUAAUGGAGAUGGUUUUUGAAAAUGUUAUUUAGUACAUUUUUUAUUUAUUUAAGCAAACAAACCCAGUAGCAGUUUCUCUCACGAUUACCUUCCAAAAACCUGACUUGCAUAUUAAAAAACAUUUAAACGUUUAUUUUUCUUUCCUUUAUUAGACAGUUUACGCUCAGUUUCUAAAUAUAAUAUAUAUACAUUCUGUUUUCAAAUCUCUCUCCUCCCCCAUCCUAGCUGGAAUAUACAGUGCGUCAUCUCUGGUUUAUUUCUUAUGAUUUGAGCAACUCUACUGAAAUAUCUCAGGACUGACAAAGUGCUGCAGACACAUUUCAUCUCAGCUCUGGCAUAGCAUUUAACAAAUUGCAGUCUGUUGCAAACAAGUCUGGGCCAUCACCGUAUAACUCCUGUAUCCUUUGGUUUGUGCCAUAAAUACCUUUAAAUUAGCGUGUGAAUAUUAGAAUUGAUCCUACUUGAGCUUUACGUUGCUGAAAUGCUAAUAAAAUCUAUUUGUUCUGUUUAA